AUGUUAAACGUAAAGUUGUUUUUUUUACGAGAAUUUACUGCAGUAAUGGUUUGUAAUGCUAAGAAUCAGAAAUGUAUGUUCAAAGCUUGUUCAUUGUGCGAUAACAAUUUCCAAGGAAAAAUCGAACAAAAGGUUACUGAUGAUGCAACAAAGACUAAAUUCCAUCAAUGGAUUAGCGAGAAUAGUAGAGCGGCGAAGAAAGAAUUUGGAGGUCAAGCUUUGGGUACCGUUCAAUUAUUAAAAUUAAAAUUAGAUCGCUUUCUAUUCCACGUUUACGUUAAGCGUGAACAAUCGUCUUAUUUUGAAAAAAUGAAAUUUGAACUAACGGAUGAAAAGAUUUUGACGCAGAUAAAAUCGAAUUUACCAAAUUUGUCAUUAGUUAAAUAUGUUAAAGGUAAAGUUUGUUCAUAUUCAGAAGAAUUUACUGCGGUAAUGGUUUGUAAUGAUAGGAAUCAGAAAUGUAUGUUCAAAGCUUGUUCAUUGUGCGAUAACAAUUUUCAAGCAACAAGUUUAUCAAAUUUGUCAAAUGGUCAAAAUGUUGUCAUUGAUUAUGUUCCACAUGUACCGCCUUCAGCAGAUGAUGAAUAUCCAAGCCCUGAUUUAUCAUUAGGAAAAACACUAGAGGAUUUGAUUUAUGAAAAUGCUGAUCUAACACAGCUAUUUACAUCAGCAACGUCAGAUAUGCGGAAAAUGAUAAGAAAAGUAUGCAUAGAAAGCUAUAGUGAUCAUGAAGUAAAACAAGAAAAUAUUGACAACAGUGGGGCCGUUGUUGGUGAUGAAGAGUAUGAUCAAGAUCCAUCGGACAAUCAAGAAGAUCAACAUAAUUAA